AUGAUUCAUUCCAAAGAAGAGUCUUCAUCAUCAUCAACAGCAUUGAAAGCACCCAAUUAUACCCUUCAAUUCUCGGAACCUAAAUGGAGUGAAUCUCCUGAAUUUCCAUCCAACUUGCGCACACAAUUAAAAUCAUGCAAGCCUUCGUGCGCCAUCACGUUGGAUCAAGAGGGAGCAGGAAAACUCACCAUUCAAUCAAAACAUGAUUGUCAUAAAUCUUACCAAUACACCAUCUCUGGCUUUGUAUAUGAUAGUUUUACCGUUCCAAUAUUCAUGACUUCUGUAAAUUUGAAUUUUAAAAAUUCAACUCUUAUUCGUCAGCAUGGAGAUCUCUAUUUUGCACUGUAUCCGAAUUAUAUUUUGGGUGGACAGCGCAAUCAACUUAAAGUUCCUGUCACAGGCCCGUUUGUGGAUGGAGAAAAGAAGAUGAAAGGGCUUAAAGAAACACUGGACUAUAUCAGCAAUAAUUUUAAAGAUUUGGCACCUUGGAGAAUUAAAGAUGUGUCUAUCGUGAUGGGAGAUAAAAUUAGUGAAAAUGAUCAACCAAUUACUGUGAGCGUUGAAUUACCAAAUAUUCAAAGAAAUCAACUAAAAGCAUUCAAGUGGAAUUUAUUAAUUUAUUUGUAUAAACCAGGUAGUGACAAUGGAGUUUGUCCUUUUGUAAUUUAUACCAGCACUGAAAUAUGUUCAUUUUCUAAAAGACAUUUCACAGAAAAUGAUGUCAAGACAAAGAAGCCGAGAAGAGGAGAUAAAAGGAAGCAAAUUGAAGAAAAUGAUGAACCGUAUUUGUCAAGUAGUGAAACUGGUGAUGAUGAACAAGAUGAUGGUGACGAUGAACAGGAGUCUACUGAAGAAUCAGAAGACAAUUCGUUAUUUACUAAGCGUUCUCGAAGAAGCGCUAGAAACGGUAGCAUUAGUACAUCGAAAUUUUUUGCUUCUUCGUCCAAAGAUGUGAGCUCACCUAUCAAGAAAAGCAAGAACUCAGAAAUUUCUGAAGGUUCUUCCACAAAAUCUCAGCGAAAAAGAGAACAACAAGCAAUGAUUGAAAAUACAAUGAAAGACUUGGAAAAGAUAAUGUCUGAGAACAGUAAUAAGAGAAUGCUCAAUCAACAAACGUUCACAUUAUUGCAAUUGAUGAUGAGAGAAAUGUUGCAGCAAGGUAAACUAGAUAUAGUUCCUUUUGAUACUGGGAAUCCCCUUUAUAUGAAACUUUUAACAACAGUAUCAACCGAAGAGUCUUUGAAAAAGAUUGAACAAUUGAAAGGAUUGGAAGAAUUGAAUGAUCACAUGUUUUCUGUCAUUGUCGUUUUCUUGCUUGGUCUUGCCUCUAGGAAUGAUGUAAGAAAGCAUGUGGAAAAAACUGUGACCAUGAUUUUUAAGAAGUAA